UUAUUGUAGUCUGUUGAUUGUCGAAUGCGCCGACUCCGGGCGCCGAGCAGAGCAGACAGUACUUCGAGUAGUAAACACUAAACAGAGAACCGUACUGCCGACUGCUGUAGUAUUUAGAAGCCAGUAGUCUAUUGUCAUUAGUGCAAUAGUGUGCGCUACUGACUAGUACAGUCGUAGUCGGUAGUCGAUAGGUUCGUGUAGUCCGUAGAUGCUUUCCUAGUAGUUAAUUUUAUAUUGUCCACUUUGGGUAUUUUAUAAUAAUAUUUUUUACACAAUUUAAAGAGUUUAAAAUUAAAGAAGUCUGCGGUAAUCGUCUGUAACAAUCGAAGAAUGACUGACUGACGUAAAUUUGUUAUCAAUGAAAAAUGCUUUUUCUUAAGACAUAACUACCCACCGUAUAAUUUUUUAAUAAUAUUUCGAAUAUUUAUUCCCAUCGGAUCCAGACGCUGCCGUAAGAUGACUACAUCGCCAUAACACCUACUAUUCUUCCAGCUGGCUAUAUCCGUUUGUUGGUAUAGUCUUUGGACCACAAUUGUACGGUUUCUUCAAGAAUUUCACAUUUUUAGGUACUUUGGAUUCAGUAGUAGCAGGUACAAUGUCAAAAGUUAUCGAUCUGUAUGAGUUCUUGAUGGAAGCAGAACUCCAUCAGUACUAUUCAGAAAUCAAGAAUGAUUUGAAGGUGAUGACUGUGCCUCAAGUAAAGUUUGUCACUGAAGACGACCUGUAUCAAAUUGGUAUGACAAAGCCAGAGAUCAGACGCUUGAAAAAGUAUUUCCAAAAGUAUUAUCCACAAAAUUAUUUUUCAAAGUUUAAAAAAUUAAUUUCUUCAAAAGAUAAUAAAGAACAGUGGAGUGAUAGUUCUGGUUCACAAGAUACACUGAAGCCUAUUUAUGAAAAACGAUCGCCAGCUCGUGUUCCCAACAAACAUAUUAUUCCAGCUGAUUCCAUAACUAUUAAUAAGGAGUUAGGUGUAGGCGAGUUUGGUGUAGUCCAGCAAGGUGUUUGGACCAAUGAAGGAGAUAGGAUUCAAGUUGCCAUAAAAUGUUUGAGUCGAGAACGUAUGCAAAAUAAUCCUAUAGAGUUUUUAAAAGAGGCAGCCAUCAUGCAUAGUAUUGAUAAUGAACAUAUUGUUCGGUUGUAUGGAGUAGUUUUGGAUACUAAUGCCUUAAUGCUAGUUACAGAGUUAGCACCUUUAAGAUCUCUUUUGGAGUGUUUAAAAGAACCAUCACUUCGUGCAAGUUUUCCAGUAAUGUCGUUAUGUGAUUUUGCCAUACAAAUAUGUCAUGGAAUGCAUUAUUUGGAAACCAAAAGAUUAAUACACAGAGAUUUGGCUGCUAGAAAUAUAUUAGUGUUUACAAAGAACAAGGUGAAAAUAUCAGAUUUUGGAUUAUCGCGAGCACUAGGUGUCGGUAAAGACUAUUAUCAAACAAACUUUAAUGUGAAUCUGAAAUUACCAAUUGCCUGGUGUGCACCCGAGUGCAUAAGUUAUUUACGUUUUACUUCAUCUUCUGAUGUAUGGGCAUAUGGUGUCACUUUAUGGGAAAUGUUCAGUUAUGGCUUUCAGCCUUGGGCAGCACUCACAGGACAACAGAUUCUUGAGGCUAUUGAUGAACCUAAUUUUCAGAGAUUAGAACAGCCUGAUUGCUGCCCUAAAGAAUAUUUUAAUGUCAUGACUAAAUGUUGGCAACACGAUACUGCUAAAAGACCUAAAUUUUCUGAUUUGGUAUCAAUUUUACUUGAUUGUAAACCUGAGCAAGUGCAAACUGUUGUUAACUUUGAAGAUAAAAAAAGAGAUAUGCUUCAGUAUACUAUUGGAGAAGUUAUAACAGUACUCGAUAAAACACCUGGUGUUCCCACCUUAUGGAAAGGUGUAUUGUGCAAUGGAAAAACUGGUUUUUUCAAUCCUUCCAAUACUGUGGCUUAUUUAGGUUUGAAUUUACCAUCUAACAGAAAUUCUGAAUUCACUAGAAAUGAUUCAAAGUAUACAUCCCGACGUAGUCGUCUGAGGAUUGAUAUGAUAUCUUGUCCUCAAGGCGAUGUUAAACAUAUGGGACAUGUAGGUCUAGAUGGUGCAUAUUUUGGAGAUAUUGAAUUUAUGAGUACAAAUGCACCAAAAUAUAAUCAUUUACCACAUCAAGUUGUUGCUCCAUAUAAACCACAAGAAGACUGUGCUAGUGUUAGUGAUUCACCAACUUCAAUUAAGGCUUGUUCAGAUCGUGCUCCUUUACUUAAUGGUGAUAAAUCAGAAAGCAAAAAAAAUGUAGACUUAACAACCUGGUUAGAUAAAAAUAAGUUGACAAAAAUCUUAUCUGACCACGAAUACCAUGAAAUUAGUGAUGAAGAUACUGUUGCUGAAAGUCCUAGGUUUGAAAAAACUUUUGACUUCGGACCAAGUCUUGUUGAAGAAAUGGAAACUAUGUUUAGAACUAUAAGUACGAAUGGAGUGAGUAACUAUGCUGUAUCUCCACCAAGGUCUCCACUUGAUCCUUUGGACACAAAUCAUAGAAAUGAAUUACGAGAAAUUGCUGCUACUAUUGCUGCCGCUGUAAAUUCAAAGUCAAAAAAGAAACAAGCUACGGUCAAACCGAUAUCGGCUUCUGACGAAAAGAGUCUCGAUUCUGCUAUUGCAAUGGCUAAUGAGAUGGCCAGUCGCUCUAUGGGAUCUGAUAUAGAACAACCACAUCACCAGAUACCUGAAUCUCCGUCAUCACCAAGUAAACGUAAAUUCACGUUCAAAUUUCCUCCUCCAAUCGGAUCUCUUACGAAAACUCAAAAACACGAAACAAAGACGUUCACUGACGAAGCUGCUUCCAUUCCAGACAUUCAGUCUUGUAGUAGUUUGCAUUCAUUUUCAUCAUUUAUCAGCGCCGAAUCUUUAUUGGACACCGCACCGUUUCGUCUGCCCUUGUGGGAUAAGGCGUCCACAGAAUUCUAUUUUGCACGCUCUAGAGAGUUAUUGACUAAGGCCUCUCCUAGUAUAGGUUCACUUGAUUACAUUUCUUGUAAUUCAUUGAAGACUAUUGAACGCUCUAAUGUCGAUUCUACAGAAACAUUAGUUGGCGAACAAUAUUCAUGUCCUAGUUCACCUAAACUAAGAAAUAAAACAAAAAACGUCGAGACAUUUCGAGCAAAUACGCUCCCCAAUAGCAAAAAAUGUGAUAAACUGAGGCGAAGUUUGUCGGAUUCUGAGAGUAGCGUAUUAUAUACUUCCAAUGAUGUCUUAAAUAAAGUUCCUAUAAAUAUCUCUUUGAUCGAUGACGAGACUGCUGAACUCUAAGUAGUAGUAUUUGUAAUUGCUUGUAAUAUUUUGUAGUAGUUUAGUUGGUAGUAUAGUUGUUGUAUAUUAAUAAUACCUAAUUACAAGUUGUAUAUAUUAUAGUUUUUAUGCUGGUAGUCGAUUUUUAGUGAUAUAUCUUGAUAUUUAUUAUUGUUUUAUUGCAAUUAGUAAUAACUAAUAACUUAUGAUUUUUCUGUUUAAAAAAAUGUGUUCCUUAUUAUUUAAAUUUAAUUUUCUUUAAAUAAAUUUAAACAAUAUUGUAUAUUUUAUGGAAAUAUUCAAAUAUAUUCAUAAUACAUAAAAUAUUUUAUAAAAAUUAAAAUAAAAAAACAAUUUUUGUCUUUAUCCCUUAUAUUUUUGAUAUUAGGUAGGUAUUAAAUAAAUAAUAGGUAUUCAUAUUUUUAACACUGUGCAUUUGCUGUAUACGGUUUUUUAAUACUUAACCAGCUGUAAAUCAUAAUAAUAUUUUGAUAUGCAUCAUUUGGACCUGCCGAUUUAUUAUUAUAGUUAUUUCUCUGCUUUAUAUAACAUUUGCCGCUGCGCCUUUUUCUGGGAAAUAGCUCUGAAAUUGUUUAACGAAAUGCACACAUGGACUCGAACACACACUUUGCUUAUAUAAUAAUUAUACUUGUGUAUACUGUACACAGAUGGUGCAUUAAUAAUGUUUUGCAUUUUACCAGAAAUGUUGUAUCUAUUUAUAAAGAAUAGAAUGUCUGAGGUUUUAAGUACAAAAUUUAUAUCUGGUUAUUUUUAUUUAAAAGUCACGCAUAAUAGUGUGUUAUAUAUUAUACAUUUUAAUCGAAACUAAUAAGUUUUUAGUUCACAAUCUAGAUUUUUUUUACAUCAAGAUAAAAUAAAAAUAAAGUAAUUAUUUGUAAGAAUGAUUGUUAAAUAUUAAAAAUAAACUAACGUAAAAAACAAAUUUGGUGAAUUUAAUAAUUUUCAAUUGAAAAUUGGUUUCGAAUAUUAAACUCAUAUAUGAACAUAUGGAGUGUAGGCGUAGAUAAGCGUUACUAAUUUUUAGUUAAUAUAUUCUAUUUACUGGUCUGUAAAAAUAUUUAAUUAAAAUAUUUUGUUUUAAUUUUACGGAUGUAUAAAAAAAUACUGCCCGAAUUGUUCACAUUAUUUACUUGUUAAAAAAAACUACCUAGCAUUAAACGAUUAAAAUAAACUACCAGCUAUAUUCUUUGCAAUUCAUAACUCUUAAAUUAAUUAGUAGAACAAAUCUCAAUCUAACCUAUAAAGAUAGCAUGUGAUUUCAGAUUUGUAAUUUUGACAAUGUAUAUAAACAUAAUAUCAUAUAGUGCCUUUAUACGACGAAACUUUUUAUAAUCUAAAACUGUAAUUUUGCAGUUGGCUUGUUUAUCAAUAACCAUUAUUAUAAUUUUUCAUUUAACGCUCAAAAUUAUUUUAUAGUUUUAUACAUAUUAAAUACAUUUUAGUUGGUAAUGAUAGUUUUUUUAAUCAUUGAUUAAAACUAGAUAUUUUUUUUUAAUGCCAUUUUUUAGUUUUUAGUUUUAUUUUUGUGUUUUAUUUUUUUGUUUUUAUUUAUUUAUUUUUUUGCUUCCCAUUAUCCUUCUAUCUCCCUCCAUCGGUUUCCUACACUCGCACUUUCAUAGGGAUGUUUAACCGAAGAAGCUAAACAAGCGUAUAAUGGUCUUAUCGAAAAA